GUCUGGACUCUCCGACUCGCCCCCAAUCGGGUUAGAAAAAGUCUUAUUUUCAAAAGAUCGACCAGUUAUAAAGUAUGGAAAUAAAAGAAACCUAAAUCAAACGUGGGAUCUCCGGUUCUGCUGUUUCUCUGGCUACCAUGUUUGAUGUUUUAUAGGGCCAGAUCGCUUUCUAUGGAAAAUGGCAGCCACUAAGGGAGGCAGAGUGGGAGAUGAGCCAAGAAAAGAACAAGAGGCGCCCCUGUGCAACAUCGCCGAUUCAAUGAUGAUGACUAUAAUUAUGGCUCGAAAAUUGGGAUUGUCUAAAAAAGAUUCUAUAACAAAAAGUGCAGAAAAGAAAGAGAGCGAGAGGACCCCUAUUCACAAACGAUGAAGUUUUCAACGUCAGCAUGCUUGUUAUUUGCACUUGUCCUUUUACAGAU